GGACGGGCGCCAUGCGGGCGGCGGCUGCAGCUGCGGCGGCGGCGGGCACGGCGUUGCAAGGGCUCUUCGCGGUCUACAAGCCGCCGGGCAUGCACUGGAGAGCCGUCAGGGACACGGUGGAGAGGCAUCUGGUAAAGGUUUCAGGACCGGUUUUUACGGAAUUAAAAAUUGGGGUGGGUGAUCGUCUGGAUAUGCAAUCCUCGGGAGUUUUCGUGCUCGGUGUUGGUUAUGGCACCAAGUUGCUCAGAAAAUGGUACAACGCACAUCUUACCAAGGCAUACACUGUCACCGGCUUGUUCGGCAAAGCCACCGACGAUUUCUCAGACACCGGCAAACUGAUUGAGAGAAGCACAUUCGAUCACGUAACGCAGGAGAAGCUGGAGCGGAUUGUUUCGGUGAUCCAGGGAUCCAAUCACAAAGCUUUACUACAGUGGGCUAACCUCGACCUGAAAACUCAAGAAUCCUAUGAGCUGGCGGUGAAAGGCCUAAUUCGGCCGAUGAACAAAAGUCCCCCUUUGAUCACGGCAGUGCGAUGCCUCCGUUUUGAACCGCCUGAAUUCCAGCUGGAAAUUCACUGCUUGCACGAGAACCAACAGUAUCUCCGCAAGAUAGUUCACGAGAUCGGGUUGGAGCUGAAGACCACGGCGGUGUGCAGCCAAGUGAGGCGGGUACGUGACGGUGUCUUUGUGCUGGACGAUGCCCUGCUGAGGACGGAGUGGGACCUCCCGAACAUCCAGAGGGCAAUUUUGCAAGCCAAACAGAAAGUAGAAGCUGAACUUCACAACAGUUUUGCGCACCUGAACGCCAGGGUGGGUGGUGAAAGGGAACGGACCUGACCCAAACCUCAAAAAUAUUGGGAAAAGCCGUGCGAAACAUCCCAGAAUUCCAAUGUUUAGCCUGGAUGAGGAGGUUCCAAGUUGGCUCCUCUCUAAAACUGUGCACAACGUACCAAGGAUAUUGCAAUUUAAGGGGAAGGAAGGAAGAUGAGAGAAGGGAAUGAUGGAAGAAAGGAGGGAAGGAGAUGAGAAAAGGGAAGGAUGGAUGGAAGGAAAGAAG